UGAACAUAAAAAUUCUACAUUUUUUCGUUUGUUAUGUGCUUGACAACAUCACAUCACAUUACAUUAAGUAUUUAACGUGACAAUAAUCACGGUGUCCUCUGUGCUGCAGGAUUGUCCUCUCCGAAGACCAGAAGAGACUGUUCGAGAAACUUUCCAUGUACUGCGAUAAAUACGCGGAGCAGAUCCCCGUCACCUUCGUCCUGGGUUUCUAUGUGACUCUGGUGGUGAAUCGAUGGUGGAAUCAGUUUGUUAACCUGCCGUGGACGGACCGACUCAUGUUCCUCAUCUCCAGCUGUGUUCAGGGUAAAGAUGAAUAUGGCCGCCUGCUGCGCCGGACGUUAGUGCGUUACAUUAACCUGACAUCGUUGCUCAUCUUCCGCUCCGUCAGCACCGCCGUCUGCAAACGCUUCCCGACCAUGGACCACGUGGUCGAGGCAGGUGCGAGUGGGUGA